UUUCUGAGCAAACGUUUUCAAAAACGACUUAAAAACGAAGAAGUUACCAUAUGGUAUGUAGUUGGUAAAAAUAAAGUUUCUCGAAAUAUAUUGAAAAUUGAUCUCAUUUUGUAGAGCACAACGAAUUCGUUCCAUCUGUGCAAAAAAAAUUGAAAUCCAAGUUAGACCGAAGAAGAUAAAGCCGAUUAAAAAAACUAGGUAAAAUAAAAUGCCUUUAAUUGACAACUCUUAUAUCUGAAUUUUCUGGACCCACUUAGAUCUAAAGGUCCAGAUUUAGUUACUUGAGGCAGGUCACACUAAAUGCAAUGAACCAAGCACCCAACCCGUGGCACGUGUCGUUCUCGAAUGCGAGGGCACUUCAGAACACUUGCCUCAAAACAUGGGGAGGGAGAUCAGAGAACGCGAAGGCAGCUCAAGAUACUCUGCUUGUGAGAGCAAAGGCCAACUCUCUUGCUCAGCUGGGGAAGUACACUGGUGAAGGAGAGUCCGAAGAAUCCAAGGAAGGGAUGUUUGUCAAGGGUUAUGACUACUAAUAAAAUCCCCAUAUCUCUCUCGCUACCUUGGGUAGAGAACCACAGAAAGAAAGAUUCUCAUUGCUCGGUCGAUCUGCUGCGCUGCGUCUUCCCAGAAAGAAAGAUUCUCAUUGCUCGGUCGAUCUGCUGCGUCUUUCCACUGUUAUAAUGACAACUUGACUGUGUAGACAUACCGAUAUGCUGUAGCUAUGAAAUGGAGUUUGUCUGCCUACAUAAAGCUUUCAUCUUCAA